UGUUGACUUCAUUUCAAACGCGUCCAGGUGGUGACCUAACUUACCGGAAGCGAGUUCACACAUCUUUGAUGGGAAGAUAACUUUAGUGCCGGAGAGUCCUCUUUACCUCAGGAUUUACACUAUUCUUUUUUCCCUGUAUGGGAUACAUCUUUAUUAUGAUAUCUGUCUACGAUUGCUGUCCAAUGGAGUCAGCAGAAGUGGAUUAUGACAAGCUGGUUACAUCUAUCCUAGGACAAGUGCUGGAUUUGAGGAGUGGGGGCAUAAUAUGUAAAACAAAAGAGUCUUCAGCUUCCUCCUGAUCUAAGCCCACCGGGUGAUGCCAGCUGAGGUCACCAUGGUGACCUAUGCUGACACCAGGCAGGUCUCUCCGAUGGAGCUUCAUGAACCUCCAUGUCUGAGUGCCACACUGUCUCCUGGGCUCAGGCGGAAAAAGAUGCUGUGGCAGAACGCAGUGAAACACAUCGUUACCCAACAAGAGCUCAGCUCUCAGGUGGGCGUGGAACCAGCUCGAAAAAUCUUUGUGACUGAUACCUACAUCGAUGAGAUCAACAAUCAAAUCCGCAGCAACGCCUCCCGGGGAGUCACAAAACGCCGCUCCUCCAUAUUCAGAGUCCAUAGUCGAACCUCCACCAGCACGCAUGGCAGCAUCAGGGUUCCAACGCAGCACUACACCAGCGACGCUGACUUCUUUGUCCACUGGUGUAACACUGUUCACAGUGUUUACAUACCCAUGCUGGGGCACACCUUCAAAUCCCGCGAUCUGGAGAAACUCUACCAGCAAUACUCCUCUCACCAGAGGAGGAACUCUCUCGCCAUCACCAAUGUAAUCGAUGCAGUGACUAAGCUCCACAUGUUGGUUCUGUAUCUGGCACUGGCCCCGGAUGCUGUUACGGAUCGUUUGCGUGGCUAUUUGACUGGCAUCUUCAUGGUGCUAGCUAUAGCUCUUUGCAUUCUGGUAUUAACCUGCAAAGACUCCAUGUCCCCACAGUGGCUCCAUUAUGCUGGCAUUGCAAGUUGGCUGUCACAGACCACACAGAUCCUAGGGGGCCUGGCCUAUGGACUAGAAAAAGACCCAUCAUGGUAUAUUUUGUUCACAUUGUUUGCAACAUACACAUUGCUGCCAUUACCUCUGCUGUGGGCAAUGUGUGCUGGCUUCCUCACCCCAAUACUGCACAUUUUGAUGGAGAUAUGGUUCCACUACAAUGAUGCUUUGCUUUUGAAUAAGGUGUUUGCCAAAGGCCUGCUGUACAUGGGCAUGAACACAGCUGGCUUGUUCAUCCAUUAUCUGACAGACCACUCCCAGCGGCAGGUUUUUCUGGAGACGCGGCGCUGCAUUGAGGGUCGCCUUAAACUUGAGCAAGAGAACCAAAGACAGGAGCGACUGGUCCUGUCAAUCCUCCCUCGUUUUGUUGCUUUAGAAAUGAUCGCUGACAUGAGCGCCCUGGAGAACGAACUCAACCCUCACGAGUUUCAUAAGAUCUACAUCCACCAGUAUAAAGAUGUCAGCAUUCUUUUUGCAGACAUUAAGGGCUUCACCCAGUUGUCUAUAAACCUAUCAGCCAAGGAAAUGGUUCUAACCCUUAAUGAGCUCUUUGGACGCUUUGACCGACUCGCUGAGGAGCAUCACUGUUUGCGGAUAAAGAUACUGGGAGACUGUUACUAUUGUGUUUCAGGAGUACCGGAGCCGCAGCUUGCUCAUGCACGUCACUGCGUAGAAAUGGGCCUGGCUAUGAUCAGCACAAUACGACUCGUCCAGAAGCACCUGAACUUUGACUUGAACAUGAGGAUUGGUAUCCAUUCCGGCUCCGUCCUCUGUGGGGUGCUGGGCUUGCAGAAAUGGCAGUUCGAUGUCUGGUCCUGGGAUGUGAGCAUUGCCAACAAGCUGGAAGCAGGAGGAAUACCUGGACGUAUCCACAUCUCCAGGGCCACCCUGGAUUGCCUGGGAACUACAUACAAGACAGAAGACGGUCAUGGUCGUGACAGGAAUGAGUUUCUGCGAAAGCACAACAUCGACACCUUCCUUAUUUGUCCUCAAGAAGGCAGGACUCAAGACGACCAUCCCGAGCCCAUUAAAGUCCAGAAGAACAUUCGGACCUGGAACCCAGAAGUCCCUUUUGGUCAUGCUAUCGAUAUGAACUGCAUUCUGGCCUCUUUCACCAACGGCUCUCUGCCCAGUUUAUGGCAGUGCACCUCCAGAGAGAUAAACAAACGCAUCAAACACGCUAUCGAGGUUCGAAGCAGCGAGCGCAUGCGCAAGGAGCACAUCACUGCUCUGACCCUGGUGUUCAAAGACACACACUUAGAGAACAAGUUCUCCCAGAUCAGAGAUGAAAUGUUUAACUCCAACAUGGUCUGCUCCUUCAUCGUGCUCCUCUUCCUCAUGGCUGCCCAGGCCAUCAUUCCUACUCCCAGAAUGUUCCCCGCUGUCCUCCAGUUUUCCCUCUUUCUUCUUGCCUAUUUGCUACUGCUGCUGGUUGCCCUGGCCGAGGAGUUCAAGUGGACUCCAGCCGCUUUGCAGAAGUUCUGCUGCUGGAUCCAUGAAAACAACAGCGCCCGAAACCUCCUCACUCUCACAGCCAUCUUCACCAACUUUAGCUUGGCGUCGACAGACUUGGUGUGGUGUGUCCUAACAGCCUCUGGAGAAGCUGACAUUAUGGAGAAGAAGAGCCCAGGCUCACAUUCAUUCUCCAUCUGCAUUUAUCCUGAGAUCUUCGUGCUGAGUGGCGUGGUCGCCAUGGUGACGUGUGCCGUGUUUCUGCGCCUGAACUCCCUGCUGAAGCUGGCGGUGCUGCUGCUGGUGGUGAUGGUGUACUCCUACCUCAUACACCUCGCCUUUGUCACGCUCACACGUAGCGACGCCCAGCACAGGUCCCACUAUAUCAGGAGAAAAUGUAUUUCUAUUCUUCUCAUGGCGAUGUUUAUUGUAGCUGUCUUCUACAACGGGCGGCAGUGGGAGGCCACUGCCAGACUGGACUUCUUGUGGCGUCUGCAGGCUCAGCAGGAGGUGGAGGACAUGAGGGAGCUGCGAGAACACAACGAGUGUUUGUUGCACAACAUCCUGCCCUUGCAUGUCGCACAGCAUUUUCUGGAGCGCAGCAGACACGAUGAGGACCUUUAUUCCCAGUCCUACGAUGAAGUGGGUGUUAUGUUUGCUUCUGUUGCCGGGUUUGAUGAGUACUUUGAGGAGAAGGAGGUCAAACAUGAAGGAGUGGACUGUCUCCGACUGCUUAACGAGAUCAUAGCCGGCUUCGAUGAGCUAUUGGAGGAAUCUUACUUCCACUACGUGGAGAAGAUCAAGACAAUUGGAAGUUGUUACAUGGCAGCGUCUGGUUUAGCUCCAAACAAACAGGGAUCAUUGGAUGAGUGGAAUCACUUGAGUGAGCUGGUUUUGUUUGCUUUGGCGAUGCAGGAGAUUUUAAGAGAGAUAAACAACCACUCUGCCCAAAGCUUUGGGCUGCGUGUGGGUAUUGCCCACGGACCGGUGAUUGCAGGUGUGAUCGGUGCCAGCAAACCCCAGUAUGAUAUCUGGGGAUCGACAGUAAACUUGGCCAGUCGCAUGGACAGCACAGGUGUGAGCGGACGCAUUCAGGUUCCUGAGGCCACCCGUAAGAUCUUGGCAGAAUGGGGAUUUGUUCUGGAACUUCGAGGAGAGAUAUUUAUUAAGGGGGUAAGUGAAUGCCACGGGAAAGUUCGUACAUAUUUCAUAACCACCAUGCGCAGUAAAAGGGGCAGAGUUGGAGGAGAGAAGUGUUCAGCGGGCCAAGCGGGAGGUCGCAUGACCCUGGCCGAAGUGGUGCACGGCCUCGUCCAGGCCAGGCACAAGGAGAAGAUGAGAGAAGCCAAUGGGAACUUUGGUUUAACCCCCAGCAAACUGCAGUGCUGAGCGCUGCAGGAAGUAAACCAAAUGGUCCAAAAAUGACGUUUCUCCAAGUUUACAGGACAAAGUAAAAACUUGCCAAAAAUUCUUGUUCUGGUUUCCUCUGCACUCCUCCGACUCCGAAGCUGUUUGUGACUUCUUAAUCUAUGUGGUAAAGGUUCAGAGUGGUGUUGUCUGAAUAUUGCUUUGAAAUUGACUUGAAAACAAUUUUUAUGCCAUUUUAUUUAGUUCAGGAAAAGCCAACGAUUCUUUGCUGGAAUAAUAUUCUGGCAAGAUGACAGACUUUUGAACCAAAACACAGAAUACCUCAAGAAGACCAGCUCAAAAGGCCUAUUAAACUGUGAACAAAUGUUUUCACUUUAUUGUUCUUCACCUAUUUAGUACCUUUAACAGGUACAUUCUGUCUGUUCAUGUUAUCUCCUGUUUGGUUUCUCUUUUUUUGUCUUUGUAUAAAUGAAAAACUCAUGUAACUCUUCUCUUUUUGUAAAACAAAUUAUAAAGAAUGUAACUUGUUUAAUUAACCAUAUAUUUUAUAACAGACUUGAUGCAGUAGGUGCUUGUUAUUUUGUGCUCUUAUUGUGCAGUCAUAAUAAGUAAUAUACAGAUGUUUUUUUUUUAAAGCAAAAUAUUUCUGUUCAUUUUACAGAUAUGCAUUGUAUUUAUUUUUCUAUAAUU